UGGGCUGAGCCGGAUGUGUCUAUUUGUUGCCUCUCAGUUAUCGCGACAGGAAGGCUAGGACCGUUCCCAGGUCUCCGCACGUGUUUACCGGAGGCAUCUGCUGUCUGCCGACUCUGUAGGGCAGUCGCCUCGUCUCCUCCGGACUUCCCAGGCAGUGCCACGGAGUCGAGUGCCUUCCCCAAGAGUAGGCCAUGGGGAAGGCCAGGGCGAUCGGGGCGCGCACCAAGCCCCCUGGGACCCCGGCGGGAGCACGGGUCUCUCGGACCAAGCCCAACCUCAACCCCUUCGAAGUGAAAGUCAACAGGCAGAAGUUCCAGGUUCUGGGCAGGAAGAUGCGCCACGACGUGGGGAUGCCUGGGGUGUCGCGCGCGCGGGCCAUCCAGAAGCGGAACCAGACUUUGCUGAAGGAGUACAGGGAGAGGGGCAAGUCCAACGUGUUCAGAGACCGGCGCCUGGGCGAGUACAGCAGCUGCGUCAGCCCCGAGGAGAAGAUGGCGCAGAGGUUCGCCCUGGAGCAGCAGCGACAACAUGAAAAAAAAAACAUCUACAACCUUAACGAAGAUGAAGAACUGACUCAUUACGGCCAGUCUUUGGCGGACAUAGAAAAGCAUCAUGACAUUGUGGACAGUGACAGCGACACUGAGGACCGAGGAGCCCUGUCGGCUGAGCUGACGGCAGCCCACUUCGGAGGUGGAGGGCUCCGGAAGACCUCGCAGCAGCCCGACCAGGAGGGCGAGAGACCCCGGUCCCGCAAAGAGCUGAUCGAGGAGCUCAUCACGAAGUCGAAACAGGAGAAGCGGGAGAGGCAGGCGCUGCGGGAAGGCACGUUGGAGCUCACGGAGCAGCUGGACCGGGACUGGAGAGAGGUGCAGGCCCUCCUGGCUCGCAGGGCUCAGCCGCCGCAGGACGGAGACAGACCGGAGAGACCCCAGCCUGACGCGUACGACGUGAUGGUCCGUGAGCUGGGCUUCGAGAUGAAGGCACAGCCGUCGAACAGGAUGAAGACGGAAGAGGAGCUGGCAAAGGAGGAGCAGGCUCGGCUCAAGCGCCUGGAGGCGGAGCGAGUGCAGAGGAUGCUGGGACAGGGCGCGGACGAGAAGAGGCCCACACACGUGUCCGCAGACGACCUGCAGGACGGCUUCGUGCUGGACAGGGACGACAGGCGCCUGCUCUCCUACAGGGACGGAAGGAUGGACGUCCAGGGGGAGCUCAGUGGGGAAGCCAGCGAUGGAGUGAAUGCAGAGGAGGAGCAGGGGGAGGAGCCAAGCGAGGAGGAUGCAGAGGACAGCAGCGGCUCAGACAGCCACUCAGACCUGGAGUGUGACGAGGAGAGCGAGGAUGGGGACAGCAGGCGGCCAGAGCGGGAGCAGCGGCAGACGCCCAGGGACCGGGCUGCAGGCGGCGGUCGGGAAGCGCGGGACGCUGCCAGGGCCGAGCUGCCCUACACGUUUGAAGCUCCCGAGUCCUCCCAGGACCUGAAGUCUUUGCUGUCAGGGAAGUCAGCGGAGCAGCAGAUCUUGGUGGUGGAGCGAAUCCGGAAAUGCCACCAUCCCAGUCUCGCCGAGGGAAACAAGGCAAAACUAGAGAGGCUGUUCGGCUUCCUCUUGGAGCACGUGGGCGACUUGGCUGCAGACGACCCUCCGGACCUCGUUGUGGUCGAUAAGCUGGUUGGGCAGCUGUUUGGUCUCUGCCAGAUGUUUCCCGACUCUGCCAGCGAGUCCGUCAGGUUCGUCCUCCGAGACGCCAUGCACGAGAUGGAGGGGGCGAUCGAGGCGAAGGGCCGGGCCGCGUUUCCGGGGCUGGAGGUGCUUGUUUAUCUGAAAGUCGCUGGGAUGCUGUUUCCGACCUCGGACUUCUGGCACCCCGUGGUGACGCCGGCCCUGGUGUGCAUGAGCCAGCUGCUCACGAAGUGCCCCGUCCUGUCCCUGCACGACGCCGUGAAGGGCCUGUUCGUGUGCUGCACGUUCCUGGACUACGUGGCCCUGUCCCAGCGACUGGUCCCCGAGCUGAUUAACUUCCUCCUGGGGAUUCUGUACAUGGCAACUCCAAACAAGCCGGGCCAGGGUUACACGCUGGUGCACCCCUUCAGACCACUGGGGAGGAACUCGGAGCUGCUCCUGGUGUCCAGCGAAGAAGACACGGCCACGUGGCAGAGGAGGAGUCUGUCCCUCCGCUGGGCAAGCGGACAGACGGCCCAGACAGGGACAGAAGCCAACCACACCAGGCUGUCCUGCCUGGCCGUGUGUCUGGCUCUGGUGAAGCGCUGUGUGCGCCUCUACAGCACGCUGCCCGCCUUCCACGAGAUCGCAAGGCCGCUCAGGGCCCUCCUGACGCAGCACCUGGCCCACCGCCGCCACCCGCCGGAGCUGCAGGAGCUGUGUCGGAGCACGCUGGCCGACAUGGAGGCCCAGGGCGGGUGCUACCAGCCCCUGAUCUGUGAGAAGAGCAAGCCGGUGCCGCUGAAGCUGUUCACCCCGAGGCUGGUCAAAGUGCUCGAGUUUGGCAAGAAGCAGGGCAGCAGCAAGGAGGAGCAGGAGCGGAAGAGGCUGGUCCACAAGCACAGGCGCGAGUUCAAGGGCGCCGUGAGGGAGAUCCGCAAGGACAACCAGUUCCUGGCCCGGAUGCAGCUCUCGGAGAUCAUGGAGCGGGAUGCAGAAAGGAAGCGCAAAGUGAAGCAGCUUUUCAACAACCUGGCUGAGCAGGAAGGUGAAUGGAAGGCUCUGAAGAGGAAAAAGUUCAAAAAAUAAAUUGAAAGAGACGCUGUAUAUUGAAAGUCAAGAUGUUGGACCAGCGGCGUGGUUCCCCCCGUUAAAACAUCCAGUGAAAUGUG